AUGUCUCAGCAACUUUCUUACCGUUCAAUCAUGGGACUCUCAGAAUACAAAAAUUUCGAAUUCGAAGACAAUUGGAUAUUCUACACAGUCUGUGCAAUGAUCGCUACAAUCAUUAAAAUUGUUCCUUUCAUCAUUGUGACUUUUGGAUGUUUGGCGGCUCUUCCUCAUUUUUCUACCGACGCAUUUUGUAUGCAAAUGGCCGAGCCAAUGAUUUAUGGAUCGGUUUUAAUCAUUUCUCAAUUUCAUGCAAGCAAUGUGUCAAUGGUCUACUUCAAUUUGGUUGUUUAUCUUAUUGUGACAGUUACAAUUGCGUUUCUGAAUAUUCUAAUGGUGUGGAGAGUGCGAAAGAAGGGUUCCGGCGGAACUCUUACAACUCGUUCAGCUACGCAGAAUGCAAAAAUCGAAAAAACCCUGACUGGAACAAUGAUAAUUCUAUUAUUCCCAAUGAUUGCCAGCUUGCUGAUUUCGAUGGGUGAACUCCUUCGCAGUUCAUAUUUCGCAUAUAUUCUCCUUCUUCGCCCAUUCUUCUUGGACGCCCGUGUUCACAUCGUCACCUGUUAUUUUUAUUUGACUCAUCCGAUUUUUAGACAAAUUCCACAUGCAUCUUCCGUACCGGUUUUCAGUCGAGCAACACUUUAA